AACUCCUCGGCCAUUUUAUCGAAAACAAAAACACAAAAAAACAUUUUUUGAAAAAAAAAUGGCCGAGGAGCUCCGAAUGUUUUGAAACCAAAAAAAUAAUACUUGUAAAAUUGGCAAACACAUUGCCCUUCGACAGAAAUCUCUGAAAUUAUGCAACAAAAUGGGAGGACAAGCAUCAAAGUCAAUAGCUUCAAAGGUAGCGCGACCUAUUAAAAGUUUCAAUUUCGAAAGCAGAGCCCAGAAAGCCAUAGAAAAACAGAAGACUGAGCCCAAACCGGCUCCAAGACAUCAGUCUACCGACAAAAUGUUUGAGAAGCAGUCAACAGCCCACCCUGAAGUUCGAGAAGAGGUAGAGAAGCAGGACCCGAGGCUGAUAGGCCGCGUUAACGAGCUAAAGCUGGAGAUGGAAUAUGACAUGCCCAGAAUUUGUUCUUCUGCUGACCGACCCCUACCCUCUAACAGAAAAAACUUUGAGGACCCGGAUGACGCUUUCAUCAACGUGAAAAAAAUACCAAAGGGGAAAAUGUCCUUGGUUCAAGCUCAUACAAUCUUGGAAAGACAUUUAGAAGACCAGCAGAAAAACUCUGCAGUAGCUCUAGCCAAGGAAUAUAAUCUCGAUAUAGACAAUACUCUCAAUUUUCUUAGGUUUUACAGUAGAAUGAAUGUUGACGUGCAAAAGGCUCCCCAAAAGACUGACUCACUAAUAGAAAUAGAAAGCAUCACUAAAAAGAAGACAAGAUCUGUGACGAAAUUUAUUGACACUUUGUUUCAAAAAAAAACUUGACGAGUGUAUAUUUUAGGAUUUAAUCAUAAUUAUAUGCAUUGGAUUAUUAUUGCUUUAAAGCCAAAGUUAAACAAGAUGUUCUUUGAGUGUUCAGUUAUUUAGAGAUAUAUAAACAGUAGAACAUAAAACUGAGCAGAAAAAACAUAACACAAAUGGCUCAAUGUGAGCUGAACGGUAAAAUUGUAGGUGUGUUUGUGCGUUCUUUGAUUGUUGUAUUUAAAAUAUUUAUACCGGUAGAUAUAUAAAUGGUGGAUCAUAGAACUGAACAUUUACAAAUAAUACAAAUUGUUUAUUGUGAGCUGAAUGGUAAAUUUGUUGUCAAUGCUAAAAUUUUAGUCUUAAUUAAAAAAAAUCCCAAUCCUCAUGAAACUUGGUCAUAAUUU